UUCCACGAUUCUGAAAGAUCUUUUGUUUGUUUUUACGGGCGUCAUCUGGCGAUGUUUUUUUAGUCCGUUUUCUUUGAGGCUACGGAACUUUAAGGUUCGGUUGCACUUAUUUGAGAUGAUUACUCCACUUUACUCUUUACAAUCUUUUGCUAACUUCAUUCAAUUAUCAAACGCCGGACGGCUCUUCGUUAAGCCACUUUUCAAUAAUGAUCUAUGGUCCAAAAACUUAUUCUUGACUAAACAAUCUAUACUUUGAGCGCGCAUUUAAUUCGUUAGCUUUUUGAUGCUUUCAUUAGAAAUUCUUUUCUUUUUUUUCUGUCCUUUGUUUUCAUUAAGGUUCAGUCGAGAACUUUUGUUGAUUAAAAUUCUGACGCGGGGUUCAUACAUUGUCUACAUUGUCGAGACAGGUGGUGCGGUGAACGCAGGUUUCAACAAAACCCCCGCGGCAACAGCGCAUAUUGGCAGACAACUCAGGGAUUCUAAACUCUGCUUGACAAUUUCUCUACAUUAUCUUUCCUUGUUCACGCAGGAUAACUUAAUUUCAGCGGAUCCUGACAUCAGCGAUUUGAUUGGGACUUCUUCAUGGCACUGAAAUGGCUCGUGAGUUAUUGUAUGACAAAGUUGUUUUGAAAUUGGUCUUUGCACUCCUUCUGGGAAUAUUUUGUGGCCAUUCUGAGGCGCGGGUCGAUUACAAAAACUUGGUAACAUGCCAAGGAGAACGGGUCAAACUCCACUGUGGAAAUGCAAGCUUGGGGCUGACUAUCUAUUCUGCAAGUUACGGAAGAACAUACCCCGGUGAUGUCAUUUGCCCCUAUUACGGAGACGAGAGUGACAAGAAUUACAACUGUGGCGAAAAUGACGUUACUGAUACAUUUAAAACGUUGUGUGAAAGGAAAAAUAGAUGCAGGGUUAAAGUAAAUAGCGCAUUGUUUCGAGAUCCAUGUCCGGAAAAACACUUGUAUCUUACCUUGAUUUACUCGUGUGAUUGGCAGAAACCAAAGGUCAUUCACACGUCCACGUCAUCGAGUAUCGUAACCACUACAACGAGUACUAUUCCAGUACCCACUUCCUCCCUGGUCAGCAUGUCAAGUUUCUCAUCAAUAACAAUCUUUCCGACAAUAGAUGUUAUCGCAUCGACUAGUUCUGUACUUAUGAGUCAGCAUACGCCUAAUGUUAACGAAACUCCGUCAAUUCGAACAACCACCACCAAGGAAGGCGAUUUAGGAGUCGACGACGUACUCGGCUCCGCGACAAAACAUGCCGCUGAAUCGCUUGGCAUUGCAGGCACACUUUUUGUGUGGCUAUUAUUCAUGCAAGAUCAUUCGUCUGAUUAUAUAACAGUGUUUUGUGCCAGCGCUGCUGGCGCACUAUCUCUUGCCAUAAUUGUUGGUCUCUUCGUACUUUACCGUCACCAUGCAAAUAAACAACACCUUCACGUUGAGGAAGAGUCAAAAUUAAACCCAUAUGGGAGCACGGAGCCAAAAAUGUCAACCGAAGUUGACCCAUUCUUAGCAGGCCCCGUUAAGACCCCUCCUCCCGACUGCAUGAUGGAAGGAUAUACCUGGCAACGUGGAAGAACAAUGCCUCUCAAGAAAUCUCAAAAUGGCACAGUUGUGAGGACGUUUAGUGCCAAGGAUGUUUACACCAAAGAGCCGAACGGUGAGAGACAGACCGAAACUCCCAGAUAUCAUCGGGGUCCACAGUUUGUUGCUGUAGCCAGAAGACAGGAAAGUUCUAACAUGUACUUGAACCCUGCGUACGCGACAAACAAAUCUCUAAGAAAUGGAAGAGGGAGACAUUUGAUGAAUGAAGAAGAUCGAAGAGGAACGAGAACCAGAGAAAGUAGAACUUCUGCAGAUGCUUUAUACUAUUAGCCUCUCCACCUCGUCUCCCU